AUUAUAAUACACAUUGUAUUCUUCUACCACCACAAUAGUAGAAAUAGUACUAAAAAAUACAGCACAAUUUUCUAACUUUAUCUGAGGCAAAACAAAACAACAACAAACCAAACUCUCUAACCCUACUCGAUUUUCUUCCGAUCCGAUCUAUUCCAGGAUUUUCAACAUUAUGAAGGGUGGAGCUGAAAUGAAAACUCCUGGUUUUGUAAAUUCUGUUUGUAAAUUAUUGGGUACUUAUGAAUUUUGCUUAACUUACCAUCAGUAGGCUGGAUGUUUAGGAUUUGUUGGUCAAACCAAGGUUUUAAACUGUGGUUGUGGCUGCAGUUAUGAUGCGACCCUUGAUAUUAUGGAUAAAUGCAGAGGAAUAUGGUUGAUGCGGCUGCUAUGCAUUUGCAAAGGCCUCCAAAACCUUCGUAUUGUGGGCUGUGACGCAUUUGCUAAGGCCUCUAGAACCUUCAUAUCAUAUUCUGGCUGUUACGCAUUUGCUAAGAUCUCCAAAACUUUCAUAUUGCGGCUCCCAUUGUGGUUGUGGACUGUAAUGUCAAACUAUGGCUGAAACAUAUUGCAUAGUGUGUUACAACUCAACUUUAGAAGGAUAACUAAAUAGUUAUCAUUAAUAUGUUUAAGCAUCUAAAUGAGUCUUCCACAGGAUCCACCCAGAUCAUUUUUCCCCUUUGGAAAUCCUUUCCGGAUGAUAUCACCUAAAGGCACUAAGUUAUCUCCGCAACUGCUGGCAGUAUUACGUGCUUUUGAGGAAACUUUGGAAGAGAGGCUGAAACAGCUUAUUCCUAAAAGCAAGGAUGAAGUCGUCAGCUUGUCUUGGAUGACUUCGGCUAUGCAGGCACUUUGUGAAAGUCACAAUGACAUUAAAACCCUCAUGACAGACCUUGAGCUUCCUGUGACUGAUUGGGAUGAGAAAUGGAUAGAUGUGUACUUGGACAUUAGUGUGAAAUUGUUGGAUAUAUGCAAUACAUUUAGCUCCGAGUUAUCACGUCUAAACCAGGGCCAGCUUUUACUUCAGUGCACGUUGCACCAUUUAGGCUCGUCCUCGUCCGAUCAGCUUUUUCGGGCAUGCUCUUCACUUGAUGGUUGGAGGCAGCAUAUGAGUUCUAAAAACCCUAGAUUUGAAAAGUGUGGCAGCAUUUUGGAUAAUCUGGUUGAAUCAUCUGAUAUGCCAAAGGUUAAAAAGUCAGCAAAAGGUAAGGUUUUGAUGCAAGCCAUAUAUGGAGUAAAGGCACUGACAGUAUUUGUGUGCAGUGUGUUUACUACUGCCUUUUCAGGCUCUACAAAGAACUUGAUAGAUAUGGAUGUGGCAGAUGAUUAUUCGUGGGCUCCAGCUUUUAAAGGUCUGCAGAAUCUUGUUAAUGGAGAGAUUAGAGUUAAAUUUUCAAGUGGAAGAUUUACCGUAUUGAAUGAGCUGGAAGCCGUUGAUUUGUCUGUGAGGGAACUACAUCCUAUUAUCCAAGGUGUUGUACAUACAAUUGAGACAGAAUCGCAGUCAAAGACCGUUGAGAAAUUAGGCAGAGCAACGGACAAUUUCUCUGAAGGACUAGAUCUUCUUGCAAAGGAGGUGGAUGGCUUUUUCCAAGUGGUCUUGUCUGGCCGUGAUGCGUUGCUAUCUAACCUGAGGUCAGUUACACCCGACGUUGACUACAUCUUGGGAGGUAAAAGUGAUGCACAGUUGGUCAAUUGAAUAUGUUGCUGCCUAGCUCUGGUAAAUACUUGUGAAUCUAGGUAUUGGGUUUUAUCUUUUGUGAUUGAUAAUGUUAUUCAAUCUUGUGUUACAUAUAUUGAACUUGAAGUUAUAUUUAGUAAUAAUAGGUUUUAUAAUUGUAUUAUUGAACUGCUGAAAUUUGUAGUUGUGAUAUUGUGUGUAUUAAAGUACAAUAAAAUAUGUAUAAAGAAGUUAUUUAUGGUCAAA